AUGAGCCGCGCCGGGAGCUGGGACAUGGACGGGCUGCGGGCGGACGGCGGGGCCGCCGGCGCGGCCUCGGCCUCCUCCUCCUCCUCCUCCUCCGUGGCGGCGGCGGCGCCGGGCCAGUGCCGCGGCUUCCUCUCGGCGCCGGUGUUCGCGGGGACGCACUCGGGGCGCGCGGCGGCGGCGGCGGCGGCGGCGGCUGCUGCGGCGGCGGCGGCGUCCGGCUUCGCCUACCCCGGGGCCUCGGAGCGCGCGGGCUCCGCCUCGUCGUCCUCGUCCUCGGCCGCGGUCUCGGCGCGCCCGGAGGCCCCCGCGGCCAAGGAGUGCCCCGCGCCCGGGGCAGCCGCCGCAGCGCCCCCGGGCGCCCCGGCGCUGGGCUACGGCUACCACUUCGGCAACGGCUACUACAGCUGCCGCAUGUCGCACGGCAUGGGCUUGCAGCAGAACGCCCUCAAGUCGUCGCCGCACUCCUCGCUGGGGGGGUUCCCGGUGGAGAAGUACAUGGACGUGUCGGGCCUGGCGAGCGGCAGCGUCCCGGCCAACGAGGUGCCGGCGCGGGCCAAGGAGGUGUCCUUCUACCAGGGCUACACCAGCCCCUACCAGCACGUGCCCGGCUACAUCGACAUGGUGUCCACCUUCGGCUCCGGGGAGCCUCGGCACGAGGCAUACAUCUCCAUGGAGGGCUACCAGUCCUGGACGCUGGCCAACGGGUGGAACAGCCAGGUGUACUGCGCCAAGGACCAGCCGCAGGGCUCCCACUUUUGGAAAUCAUCCUUUCCAGGGGAUGUGGCUCUAAAUCAGCCAGACAUGUGUGUCUACCGUCGUGGAAGGAAGAAGAGGGUGCCCUACACCAAACUGCAGCUCAAAGAACUGGAGAAUGAGUAUGCCAUUAACAAGUUCAUUAACAAGGACAAGAGGCGGCGGAUCUCGGCUGCUACGAACCUAUCCGAAAGACAAGUGACCAUUUGGUUUCAGAACCGGAGAGUGAAAGACAAGAAAAUCGUCUCCAAGCUCAAAGACACUGUUUCCUGA